AUGAACCUCUGCAUUUCUUCUCAGCAGUCCGAUCAAUUUAGAACUCUCAUUGCCAUAAUAUUAUCUUCGGAUGCAAGGAGUACUCUUCAAAGGCAUCCCGAAUCAAAACGACAAUUAUCGCUAGGGAAAACUCCCACAGGCCUAGACGUCUUCUCCAAACCCCAAUCCAAGGGAAGAGAAAGGCACUUGGACAACUUAAGAAACAAGCUUAAGUAUGGUCCGGAUAUGACAAACACUAAACUCAGGGACCUAGAAGGUCCCCUCAAACGCACAUCCAGAGAUAGAUACGCAGACUAUCCCAAAAACGAGCAUACAUCUGCAAAGGUGCGACACAAAAUCACGGACCUGAACAAAGGAGAUAUGGAAGUCCUAGGUGCAUCUUUGGAAGAUGACAACAAGGAAAUGAUGAGGAUUGACGAGGAGCUCAGACGAAGCUUCGAUAAAGUACUACUCAAAUCAUCACAGAUAGAAUCAAACUUAAAACGGCAGAUUUCGACAACAGAGGAGCUGUUGGCUUUGAGGGGGGAGCUGAAGACAAGCUCUGGUGAUUUACAUAGUGAUCUAGUAAGGUCUAAACAGCAACUUGACAUUAUUCAGAAGAAUCUCAAGAAAAUCAGAGAUCUUAAACCGACUAUAGCCCCAUGA